UUCCUGAAAUUAGUGCCGUGGAUUAGUGACGUCUGGCGGUUACCCACGUGGUUGACAAAUAAAAGCAACUAGUAACAUAACCUAAAAUCAUGUGUAACUUAACCUAACUUAACCUAACUUAACCUGAAUUUAUCAACGUUACCUGUACUGUUGUGCUCAAGUUUUUUAAAUCAAAUUUUAAAUAAUCAUGGGUAAAAAAGGAUACAAUUGGAAGGCACGGAAGGUGACGCAAAUUGAAAUUGACGAUACUUUAACCAAAAAGAUAGCAGUUGACAUUGGAUCUCAACGUGAGAGUUAUGACCAGUGUAAUGCUUUGGUUAUCCCAAGCAAAAAGAGGAAAACUAAAUCCAAAGAUAAAAAAAUUACCACAACUCGUUUGCUCUCGAAAAAACGUCGCAAGGAAUUGGAAAAAGUUGUUGAUCGAAAAAGAAAGAAAGCCAAUAGGGCAACGCUUUUGGACAAGUUAGCUAAAGUCCAAGUCUCGGAAGAAGAGCUCAAACAGUACACAACACUUGCGGCUGUACAAACGAGAGGCUUAAAGCGCCAUUUCAAUGAGGUGGACAAGGAGCUCAAGCCAAAACCACUCACGGCUGAGCCUGAAGAGGAACAAAUAAUCGUGAAUGCUAUCAGAGGAGCCAAACAAACCAGACUUUCUCUUCUUGGUGCAGAUGGAAAACAAAAUACGCAGUUUGAUCCCAACAUCGUCGGCUUUGAUGAAUCUAGUGAUGAUGAAACCAAAAGUGAAGACGACUUUGAGCAGCCGUGCAGCAUAGUUAAACCUGCCGAAGAAAGUGUAAAUGGCAAACUUCAACGAGUAAAAAAUGAUGUUAUAGUAGAUAAACCACGUACAACAUCAGAUAAAAACCGAGAUAAAAUUCGCACCGAAAAAGUUGCAUUGAACAAUGUUGACCCAGUGCAGCGAAAACCAGCUGUCUUUGUAAUGUUGGAUCGCAAGCCAGAAAUUCAGACUGCACGGCUGAAGCUUCCCAUUUUAGCGGAGGAGCAGUCAAUCAUGGAAACAAUCAAUGACAAUCCUGUGGUGAUUGUUGCUGGUGAAACGGGAAGUGGUAAAACGACCCAAGUGCCACAAUUCUUGUAUGAAGCUGGCUAUGCAAAAGAGAAAAUGAUCGGUGUCACAGAGCCGAGACGAGUCGCAGCAAUUUCUAUGAGCAAACGUGUCGCAGAGGAAAUGAAUCUGUCAUCUAAAGAAGUGUCGUAUCUCAUUAGAUUCGAAGGCAACACUACUUCUGAUACCAAAAUUAAAUUCAUGACCGACGGUGUAUUGCUAAAGGAAAUUCAAAGCGACUUUCUUCUCAACAAAUAUUCGGUUAUUAUUUUGGAUGAAGCACACGAACGAAGUGUCUACACAGAUAUCUUGAUUGGUUUAUUGUCGCGAAUCGUUCCUUUGCGAAAUAAAAGGAAAUCUCCAUUGAAAUUAAUUGUAAUGUCUGCAACAUUGCGCAUCGAAGACUUCACAGAAAAUCCUAAACUCUUCAAAGUCAAACCACCAGUCAUCAAAGUUGAAUCAAGGCAGUUUCCUGUUACUAUACAUUUCAAUAAAAGGACUAGUCAAAAUUACGUGAAGGAUGCUUUGUACAAGGCAGUAAAGAUUCAUACUCAGCUGCCGGAUGGCGGUAUUCUUAUAUUCUUAACAGGGCAGCAGGAAGUAAACACAAUAGUGCGCAAACUACGUAAAGCGUUUCCUUUAAGAAACAAAAAAUUCAUGCUCAAAAAACAAGAAGUAAAAGAAAUCCAACAAGAGAAAGAACCUAGCAGCAACAACAGCGAGUCAGACGAGGGUUUGGAUAUGGAUCGAGUGGUAAAAAAUGCCAGGAAACAUAGAAAAAAGCUGAAGGAGGUCAAACUCCCUGAACUUAAUCUUGAUAAUUAUGCUGUAAUGCCUCCAGAUGAUACUGAGGGCGAUCUACUCGAUACAGUAGAAAAUCGGGAUGCAGAAGACAAAGAAGAAGAAGAUGACGAUGAUGAUGAUGAAGAAGAAGAUUUACAAAAUCUUAUGGGACUGUCGUGCACACAGCCAAUGUGGGUGUUACCACUGUAUUCGCUUCUUCCGAGUUACAAACAAGCAAGGGUAUUUGAUCCACCACCUGAAGGCUGUCGAUUAUGUGUUGUAUCGACAAAUGUUGCAGAAACUUCCCUCACAAUUCCGAAUGUAAAAUACGUUGUAGAUAGCGGCCGCUGCAAGACCAGAUUAUACGACAAAGUGACGGGUGUUAAUGCGUUCCAAGUAUGUUACACUAGUAAAGCAGCUGCUAACCAGCGGGCUGGACGAGCAGGUAGAACUGGACCGGGACAUUGUUACAGAUUAUAUUCAUCAGCGGUUUUUAAUGACCAGUUUGAGCAAUUUUCUAUGCCUGAAAUACAGAGGAAACCGGUAGAUGACUUGUUGUUGCAAAUGAAAGUCAUGAAUAUUGAUAAAGUCGUCAAUUUUCCAUUCCCAUCAUCACCAGAUGUGUUACAAUUGAAAUGUGCUGAAAAACGUCUCUGCAUUCUCGGAGCUCUAGAUCAAUCUAAACCUGGCAAAGAGAAUGAAUAUUGUGCCAAAGUAACGCCACUUGGCUACAGCAUAGCAGCGUUCCCAGUGGCACCUCGAUUUGGUAAAAUGCUGGCGCUAUCACAGCAGCACGAUCUGUUACAAUACACAGUUUGCUUGGUGGCUGCUUUGUCUGUGCAAGAAGUGUUGAUUGAAUCAAAUCCAAUUCAAGGCGUUACUAAGAAUCAGUGGAAUCAAACACGUCGAACUUGGGCAGGAACUGGGAACAGUUUACUUCUGGGGGAUGCGAUGGUCUUAGUUCGAGCCGUUGGUGCUGCAGAAUAUGCUGGGUCAAAAGGGACGAUAGUCAAGUUUUGCGAAGAAAAUGGACUACGAUACAAGGCUGUGACAGAAAUUAGAAAACUCAGGCAACAACUGACCAAUGAAAUAGUCCUAAAUAUACCAGAUUUGGAUUUGAAUGUCAAUCCGAGAAUGAAUCCUCCGACGGAUACACAAGCCAAAUUACUUAGGCAAAUUCUACUUUCUGGUAUGGCAAAUCAAGUUGCACGCAAAGUUUCUCCAGAUGAAGUUGAGGAAGAUCACGACAAAGUAAAGUGGAAAUAUGCAUACAGAUGUUUAGAAAUGGAAGAUCCAGUGUUCAUGCAUUCUUCGUCUGUUCUAAAAAAAACUUACCCUGAAUGGGUAGUUUACCAGGAGGUUUAUGAAACUAAUAAAAUAUACAUGCGAGGCAUUACUGCCAUUCAGCCAGAAUGGUUACCAAAAUUUGCCACAUCCUUAUGCCAACUGAGCGAACCUGUGAGCGACCCGCCGCCUAGGUACGAUUCAAGAACGGGAAAGGUGAUGUGCCAUGUAACAGGGACAUUCGGUCGAGGUGGAUGGCAACUGCCGCUGAUUGAAGUAGAGUAUCCAAAUUCCUUGGAAGGUAUCAAGUGGUUUGCCCGAUUUUUUUUGGAAGGUCAAGUUUGCCCGGCAUUGGAACGAUUUGCUUCCUUGCUACUUUCUACACCUGGCACAAUGAACAAGACAUGGGCAAAAUUACUCCCGCGAACUGAAGCAAUCACAAAAGCGCUAAUGGCUAAUCAAGUUUCGUCAAAAGAUCAACUGUAUCACAUUUGGAAAACGGAUUCGAAAUUUCUUCUGAAUGCAUACCAAAAGUGGUUGCCAGAAUCGGCGCAGAAUGAAGUUGCAAUACUUUGGCCACCGUUAUAGGAUAUGGUACGGAGAUAUGCAAUCAAAAGGAUUAUAACCAUUGCUUUGCCAGUGUUAUAACUGGAAUCUGUUGCAGAUGCAGGGUGCUAUCAUAAUAAUAUGAUAUAUACUGAAGAUUAUUUGUAAGAUACACUCAAAAUUAUUCCGUAAGUAAUUAUUUAUUGUAUGUAAUCACAAUUUUAGAAUCAGAUGUAGUGAAUCACAAUUCACUUACUACAAGCUAAUUCAAUUUUAUGGUAAUGUGAAUACCACGAAAUUUUCCGUCGAUGAACUUGAAUAAACCUAAUGACUACACUGUUUCUCUGUAUUCGUCAUUCUUUGAUAUAAUAAAUAAGCAAUAAAUUUAUUGUAACGAUUUCUUCUCAAUUCUAUUUUUCUAGCUACAUCCCUACGCUAUCUAAUAAUAAUAAUUUGUGAAUUGUUGGCAGUAUCAUAGCUAAUUUCAUACAAUAUACUCUUAUCCAAAAUAAUAAUUAAUAGAACAUGUUGAUUCCACAAAGCACAGUAAAUUUAUAGCAAAGUAAUGUAAAUACUAUUUGUUGAGAGGUAUUGCCUGCUUCUUCUAUUUAUCUGUAUAACUCUAUGUAAAUAUUUUAUUUACAUAUUUUAUUCGUGUAUUACACACGUUUGUAGAAUG